GCACACCAGUGGUUGGUAGGUAGGCGGCCAUGAGCUUUGGGAUUUGGGCACCAAGGCACCCAGGUGACCUUGACCUCCAUCUCUCAGCCUGGCCAUCCUUCUUCGACCUCAACUCACCCCUGGAGGUUCAGGAAACCAUCCAGAUUCCGAAGAAUGGGAGUACGCCCCUGAUCGUGGACGUGCAGGUGUUUGUGACAAACGUGUUUGAUGUGGACAUCCUUCAGUACACAGUGUCCUCCAUGCUGCUGCUUCGGCUGUCCUGGCUGGACACUCGCCUGGCCUGGAACACGAGUGCGCACCCACGGCGCGUGCUUACGCUGCCCUGGGACUCGCUGUGGACACCAGAACUCACUAUCCAGGAGGCGCUCUGGGUGGACUGGCAGGACCAGAGCCCGCGGGCCCAAGUGGACCAAGAUGGCCAUGUCGAGCUCUACCUGGCCCUCACCACGGAGACCAACUGCGACUUUGAGCUCCUCCACUUCCCCAGAGACCAGAGCAACUGCACCCUCAGCUUCUACGCUCUCAGCAACACUGUGGCAGAGCUAGAGUUUCAGGCCCGCGUGGUGAAUGAGAUUGUGAGCAUCAAGAGGGAGUAUAUAGUUCAGGAUUUGAAAACCCAAGUCCCGCCCCAGCAGCUGGUGCCCUGCUUCCAGGUGACGUUGCACCUUCAGAACACAGCACUGAAGGCCAUCAUAGCGCUGCUGGUUCCCGGGGAGGCGCUGCUGCUGGCUGACAUAUGCGGGGGGCUGCUGCCCCUCCAGGCCACGGAGCGCAUUGCCUACAAGGUGACCCUGCUGCUGGGCUACCUGGUCUUCCAUUCCUCCCUGGUGCAGGCCCUGCCCAGCUCCUCCUCCUGCAACCCGCUGCUCAGUAAGCCCUGUGCCCUCACCUGGCCCUGGGCAGGACCACUCUGCCUGGCCUGCCUCCUUCUCCCCCUCUGCUCAGCUCCCUGGGCACUGGAGGCACAGGCCUGCCCCCUGACCCCUACCCCUGUCCCUGCCCUCCCAGUUUACUACUUCACCGUCCUGCUGCUGCUGCUCUUCAUCAGCACCAUGGAGACUGUGCUGCUGGCUGGGCUGCUGGCCAGGGACCACCUCCCGGCCAGGAGCAGCCCCCACCCAGCCCUGAGAGGGGCGCAGCAAGCUCGUGAGCAUGCAGGGCCUAAUCCUGAAGAGGCCACCAGAAGAGAAGCGGGGUCACGGAGGAGCUGGGUCGAGGCUGCCGAUCACACCUUCUUCCUGCUGUAUGUGGCAGGGGUAGUGUGCAGCCAGUUCAUUUUCGUUGGACUCUGGAUGUGGGCAACAUGCAAAUCUGACCCAGCCCCCGGGGAGGCUGCACCCCAUGGUGGGCAGCCCAGGCUGUAACAGGGUAGGGCCCGGGGCUAUAGACCUGGGGGAGGGCUGUGACAGGGUCUCUGGAGAGAGGGGGAGGGAGGCCACAUUUUCCCUGAGCCUGGAGGACCCCAGGCGACCCUGAACUCUCCUGAUAGUGUGCAAGCAACAUGUGUGAAAUAAACCUAUCACCCAAGUGCAAGUGCACCCUGAGGGUCUGUUUUCAUUGAGCUCAGCUGUUCACUCUCAUCCUAUGUAGGUGGGGCCCCACCUCACACCCAGACCCCCACUCCACUCCUGAACAACUCACCAGUGGCCACCAGUUAGCCAGUCCCCCUCCCCCUCCAGCCUAACUGCUCCUGAGACUACUGCUUGGGCUGGGCGGGAGGCAGUGGGGACCAGGGGGCAGGGCCCCGAGGGUCAGGUACACAGGGUGGUCAGAACUCCUCUCGACUGUGAGGUGUGCUGGCCCCCAGGGGGAAUGGGGAGAGAGCACU